UGCAGGCUUAUCCGCUUAUCACUGGCAGCGUCACAAGCACCUGAAUGGGUUGGGACCCUUCAGAGGAAGUGCUAUGCUCAUACCUACUGCAAACCCACUUUGCCCCACCCACCAAACGAAUAAUUAACAUUCCUGGGCAAUAUACAGCGCUUCCAUGAGCGAAGUGAAGACAAGGACAAUCAGACCGAACAGCAGAAUGAAGAAUGGAGAAUAAUGUCUGAAGCCACCACAAAUACCAACAAACAGGAAGGGACUCAUUUAAAUAUUACUGAAAAAAAGUUUCUGUAAAGACUGAAGGGAAUUUCAGCCACAAGGGAUACCACGCAUCUAAGAAGGGAUAUCACUGAAAGGGAAAUAACCGAGAAGGAGAAGGAUACACACAUAAGCAGGGAGUUGGACAGUUGGAUCGAUAUUGAGUAGAAAAAAGAAACUUGACACUUCAAAGAUUGUCCCCAGUGCUGUCAUUUGAUCUCCAUCUUCUAGACCAGCACAAGAGAGAUAUGGCAAACCCCACCAGGUCUUCCCUUAUCAAUCCAACUUUCACGGUCAACAAUUCACUCAAAUUUUCCAAUACGACACGGGAGAGCGAGGAUCAAAGCCUCGUGAGUAACGAUGCCUCGACCAUUGUGGGUGCCAUCAUCCUCUCCCUGGUCUUCCUCAUAGGCGUGCCCGGGAACCUCUUCAUCAUCUGGAGCAUCUUGGCGCGAUCGCGCAAGCGCUCCGUCACCACCUUACUCAUCCUUAACUUGGCGUGCGCCGACGGCUUCCUGAUGGCACUCACCAUCUUCUUCGUGGUCUACUUGGCCAAGCAGACCUGGAUCUUCAGCAGUUUCUUGUGCAAGACCCUCUUCUACCUGUGCAACGUCAACAUGUACGCCUCAAUCAUGCUCAUCACCCUUAUGAGUCUCCACAGACUUGUGGCGGUGGUGUGGCCCCACCACAUCGGCGCCUUCAGUAAGAAACGGACUGUGCUGCGUGUGCUGGCCGGUCUCUGGGUGUCCGUGUUGGUUUUGGCCCUGCCUGCUCUGAUCUUCAGGGAGGUGCGGGAGGACACGGCCGAGCGAGGAAGAACACGCUUUGUGUGCGCACCAAAUCAUGUGAGGUCGUCCGAAGCAUCGGCGAAAGAAGGAAUGGAGGUGUUCCAGUACACUUUUGAGACAGUGGUGGGGUUUUUUAUGCCAUAUGCAGUGAUAGUAAGCAGCUAUGUUUGCAUCUUGCGGCGCCUGAGAAGGACGAAGUUUAAUCGCAGGGUCCGCAGUGAAAAUCUCAUCCAUGCCAUUAUUGUGGUCUUUGGCGUCUUCUGGUUACCCUACCACAUCAUAAAUAUGAUACAGGUUGUGGCUGCGCUUGCUCCAGCCAAUACUCCCUUGGCAAUAAGGCUGGAUAAGAUCUGGAGAUCCAGUCGUGCCGUGUCGUCCUCCCUGGCGUUCAUCAGCAGCUGCGCUAACCCCAUCCUCUACACCUUUGCAGGAAGGUCUUACAUAAAAAAUAAUGGCCUAGCAUUCAUGGCUCGCCUGUUUGAAGGGACUGCUCUAGACUCAGGUACCAGGAAGAUGAGGAAAGAAACAUUGGGGUUGAAAACAAUCGAAUCUUCCAGCACAGGAGCUCAGGCUGUGAUAAUUGUAAAAUAGGCAUUCACUAGUACCUCCAGGAUUAGGCAGUCUUGCGUUCUCACAAAUUCAAGGAUUUCCUGUAAUUGUGGGCUGCAAUUUUCUCUUAUUGCAUAAAGCUCCAUCAUCGAAUUUGUGCUAUAUUUGCAAUUUUAUACUCAAAAUCACAAAUUGAGAAUUCAUGCAACAAAUUCUGUUACUUUUGGCCACAACAAUCUUGACAAACGCUCACAAGAUUCUGAUGGGAGGGU